AUGUACAACGUCCCCCUACCCGUAUCCGUCCUCCGCACCCGGAUACGCGAGGAGUUUGAGCGCCACAGGUUUGCGAACAAGCUCCCCGUCGUGGACGUCCUGCUCUUCAAGAGCCAUGCCGAAUACCAGGAGACGAUGAACUUCUGGAAGCAGACUACGCACAUCAUGUCUUACUUCAAGGAGGAGAACUUUAGAGGAGACAAGCGGUUGCCCAACAGCUUCAUGACUGGGUUCUUGGAGGGCCGCAACUGA